CUUUCACCGGCCUUCGUUUGGCGCUCAAAGACCGCAGUUUCUUCCCGGCCACAAGCAGCCAAAGCGACAGCGAUGGAGACCUCAACCAGCGCGGCGCAAAAGAUGACUGAGCUCUCGCCACUCCACAGCGAGUCGACAUUCUGCGAGUCUGAACUCAGUCGACGCAGCUCCGAUGAGCGCCUGAGCGAGUCAGUAACGCAGCCUUUCAGCUGCAAGCCUUUAAUACCCAGCCGCUCGUGGGAGCAGUACGAGUGCGAAAAGCUGCUCGGCACUGGAUCCUACGGAGAGGUGCACGUCGCACGUGAGGGCUUCAGUGGGCGAAAGGUUGCGUUGAAGCAGAUCAACUUCAUGGGCUCUGCGCACCGUGUGGAUAUCGAGCGGGAGAUCUCGGCGAUGAAGGAGCUGGACCAUCCCAACAUCUGCAAGAUUUUUGGAACGAUCCAAACGGAGAGGUCAACCACUCUCAUCAUGGAGCUGUGCGAGGGGGAGGACGUGUUUGAAAGGAUUCGGAAACAUGGGCCCUUCAAUGAGCGGGUUGCUGCAGAUGUGGCGUACCAGGCCGCCUCCGCUCUGCACUACGCCCAUCGUUGCGGCAUCGUGCACCGAGACAUCAAGCCCGAGAACGUGGUCUUUGUGUCCUUCGCCUCUACACGCAUCAAGGUGAUCGACUGGGGCCUUUGCUGCCCCAUGUCCCGCACCCGCGCCAUUGCCGGCAGCCUCAGCUAUGCGGCGCCUGAGCUGAUCCUUGCCAAGGUCACUGGGGAGAAGGAUUGCUGGCAACCCGCUGUAUGCGACACGUGGAGCCUGGGGGUGGUGAUUGUGGUCAUGCUCUCGGGCAAGCUUCCGUUCCAUGGCACUCCUCAGCAGCAGCUGAAGAAGAUGAAGUCUUGGGAUCAGGGCAUCUCGCGGGAUCGCCUUUGGCUGGCCAUGUCCCCGGAGGUCCGGAACUUGAUCACAGGAGUGCUGAAGAUCAGCCCCACGGAGCGUCCGGCGGUGGGCAGCAUCCUGAAGCACCCCUGGUUCCAGUCCAAGGCGCCGCCGGUGAUGUCGAAAAAGACGGCUGAUCAAGUGCUGGCCAACAUGCACGAGUUCAGCCGAUUGGGGCAUUUCUAUGCCGUUUGUCUCACUGCGGCCGCUCGCUUGCUGGACUGCCGCCAGGAAGACAUCCUGCACCUCUUCCGGUCCCUGGACAAACACGGCAACGGGCGCCUCACACUCCAAGAGUUCACUUCCGGCUUCGCCAAGGCAUGUAAUGCCGACCGGGCGGAGCUCGAGGAUCUCUUUCACGAUCUGGACAAAGACGGAUCGGGCACGCUCCACUUCACCGAGUUCUUCGCAGCCGGCAUGGGGUCGGCUUUGUUGGAGGACAAGGCGCUGCGCGUGGUCUUCGAAGCCCUCGAGCCGAAGGAUGGCACUAUCUCAGCACAGGAAGUGCGUCGGCUGCUCAAGACGUGCGACAUAAAGAAACGCUGGUCCGAGAGCGCGCUGAUCGACUUCUCCGAGGAGGUAUUCUCUCGGCUCGACCUGGAUGACAAGGGCGCGAUUGCAGCCGAGGAAUUCAGCUGCGGAAUAAGAACGCAUCUCCAGACAGUCGCACGGGCACCGCGCCGAGGCUCGCGGCGAGGAAGCAAAAGCUCGGUGCAGCUGGUCGGCUGCUGGCCUUUCUGGUCCUGCCUGCCGUUUUGGCGUAGGGCUUAGGUGGCUCGCUUUCCUUAGGGAGACCGGACGGCACCAGUUGGUGCUGUCCGGGAUGACCCUCAAGCAAGCGCUUGAGGGUUCUAAGGAACGUUUGGUUCCUGCCACACACACACACACAGUUUGAAACGCAGUAAAGCUGCUCCUAAGUGAGCUGCCAAUCAUUUACUGGCCCGCCUUGCGUCCCUGACAUCUCGUGCGA